AUGUCAAGCAUAACCAACGUCGCCUCAGACGAAAGCCAUGGCACCGCCACCUGGAAGAAGCGAUCCGUCGUCUCGUCCUUUAUUUUCGACUUCGGGCACGGCGCAUCAGACUCUCCGGGGGAGAUAGAUGGCAGCAGUAGCACCAAGAGGCCGCGGGUCGCUCUCUUUCGCCGCAGCGGCAAGGUGUCGACGUACCAACACCACCUGGCGCCGAUCUCCGGGUCCAUCGGCGCGGCCGACGCGUCGCCGCUCGCCGCCGCGUGGCGCGAGCUGGCCGAGGAGACGACGCUGACGGGCGCAGAGCUGGUCCUGCUGCGCCAGGGCAAGAGCUACACCUUCCGCGACGAGUCGGUGCGCCGCGAGUGGACCGUGUUCCCGUUCGCGUUCCGGCUGCGCACGCCCGCCGAUGAGGCCCGCAUAGUCACCGACUGGGAGCAUGAGACCUGGGGAUGGCACAACCCUGCUGUCGUCAUUCGUCUCGCAGAGCGCGGCGCCGGCCCAGCAGAGUCUGGCGAUGACGUGAACGGCGUCCCCCGCCUCGCCGACAGCCUGCGGCGCGUGUGGUUCGAGGCCGACCUCGGCGAUGCUGCGGGACGAGUGCUGGCGACUGGCCUCGACGCGUUGGCGACGGACCACCAGAGCGGCGCGCGGCAGCUGGCCACGGCCGCGCUGCGGACGCUCCGCGACGUCGUCGCCUCGCUCGACUACUCACCGGCGUCGCCGAUGGCUGACCCCGCGUGGUGGUGGGCCCAAGUGCGUAUGGCGGCGUGGCACCUGUGGAAGAACGGCCGCGAGAGCAUGGGUGCGGCCAUCAUGAGCGCGCUGCUGGCUGCACUGGCCGAGAUUGGAGACGCGAUGCACUCCCAACAAGAGCAGCAGCACCAGUCGCGAUUCGUGAUAUCCACUGCAUGGCGUGACUCGGUCGUCGCCCAGCUGGACCGCCGCGUCGCCGCGCGGGCCGAGUCGGCACAGCGCGUGUCGGCGGCGUUUGUGCAGUAUCUCGAGGGGGCAUUCGGCGACAAACUGGCAUCGCGCGAGCCGCUGGCAGUUCUGACGCUGUCUGAGAGCUCGACGAUACGGGCAGGGCUGCGGCACGCGGCGCACGCGGCGGGCUUCGCGCUCGACGUGCGCGUGCUCGAGUCGCGCCCGCUGUUUGAGGGCGUGUCGCUGGCGAGCGCGCUGGCGCAGGACCUUGCCGCUACCACCACCACCACCACUACUGCCGCCGUCGCCGCCGCGCACACCAUCACUCUGUUCUCAGACGCGUCAGCGGCGCUUGCCGCGCAGGGCGUCGACGUGGUCGUCAUUGGCGCAGACCGCAUCGCGUCUUCAGGGGCCGUCAGCAACAAGACGGGCUCGCUUCCUGCCGUGCUGAGCGUAAAGUACGUGAAUGCGGGCAGCGGCGGCAGUUUCUCGGGCCAAGAAGGGGGAGCCAGGGUCGUUGUUCUGGGCGAGACGGACAAGAUUGCGGUCCCCGGGCGGCCCGAGGAGCAUGUCGUUGAGGACAACGACGCCAGCCAGCUCAGCCGCUCGUGGGCAGUCGAGGACAAUAGCGCGCGGGUCAGGGACGCGGCGACAGCACUGCAGAGUCUGCGCACGGAUAGCAGCACAGGGAGCAGGGGGCCCAAGGUCUCGAUCCGGAAUGUUUUCUUCGAGUGGGUGCCGGCUGGCUUGAUCGAUGUCCACAUCACAGAAUCGGGACAGUGGAGUGUGCAAGAUAUUUCAAAGCACUCCGAAAAGCUCCGGGACGAAGAGGGGCGGCUCUUGAGUGGAUUGUAG